AUGGUACACCUGUUGACAGUUGGUGACAGCAGUUCAUCAGUUGACAGGUGGUGGUCCUGUGUGUGUUGUCACAGUGAGGUUGGUGCCGGGUCUGCAGGAUGUGUAGUGGCCAGUCGUCUGUCUGAAGACCCGGAUGUGACGGUGCUGCUGUUGGAGGCAGGUGAGAACGACUGGGAGGACACCAACAUCUACACACCUGGUCUAGCCGUGGCCAACUGGAGGACAGUCACAGACUGGGAGUACUACACGGAGCCACAGAAUGGCUCGUUGGGAGGAUUCCAGGGAGGGAGAUCUUACUGGCCCCGGGGUAGGGCACUGGGAGGCUCCAGCAGUAUCAACGCCAUGCAGUAUGUCAGAGCUUCCAGACACGACUACGACAGGUGGGCGGAGUACACGGGGGUCAAAGAGUGGAGCUACCAAUACGUGCUGCCGUAUUUCAAGAAGACAGAGAGGAUUCAGAUCCCAGAGCUGCAGGACUCAGAGUACCAUGGCCAUGAUGGACCCUGGACCAUCAAUAGAGUAAAUUCCCUGCCAAUCGCGCGUAAAAUAAUAGAAGCUGCACAGACAGUUGGGUACCCAUAUAAUAAAGAUUACAACGGCAAGACCAUGGAAGGAAUUACAAACUCUCAAGUGAAUUCAAACAACGGAGAAAGGUUUAGUACAAGUCGUGCCUUUAUCCACCCCAACCUUCACAGAUCAAAUCUUCAUGUAGCUAUACACGCACAUGUACAAAAGAUGAUCAUCACCAAUAAAAGAGCUGAAGGUGUGGAGGUCAUCAAAGACGGGAGGAAGUUUGUGGUCAAGUCUAGACGUGAGGUCAUCUUGUCCUCUGGUGCUAUAGGCUCACCACAGAUUCUCAUGUUGUCGGGUGUUGGACCUAGGAAACAUCUGGAAAGCCUGAACAUUCCCUUGGUGGUGGACCUACCUGUGGGGGAGAACCUUCAGGAUCACGUGAUGUUUGACAUUGGGGUCAAGGUCAGUGAGCCACUGACCUUUACUGUUGAUGACUUCACUAGCCUGACAUCCUAUCUAAAGUAUAAGCUGUUUGCUACAGGAAUUCUCAACUCACCCUUCCAGCUGGAGGUGCUAGCCUUCAGAAGUACAACAAAAGAGACGAGAGAGAAAGACUGGCCUGACCUACAGAUCCACUUCUUCAACAUCCUCCCUCCUGUGGCGACUGACGGCUUUGGGUACACGGAUGAGGUGGGUCAAGUCACUAGUGCAGGAGCAGUCAGUUGGAUGGCAUGUACACAGUUAAAUGACUCCAACUUGACAUCUGAGUCUUGUUUUGGUGUAAGUGUGUACAAAUAUGUCGGUUCUUGA